CCUGGUGGGAUGGGUGUCGCUGGCUGGCUGCAUGUGUGGGCUCAACACAGAACUGAUUGCACAUUUGCACCCUCCGACUCAAGUGAUCUCCCGUGAACCCUGUGUCUUCCCAUUUACCUAUGAUGAUGUCACCCACUACAGCUGCAUCUCCAUCCACAGUGACUUUGACUGGUGUUCCCUUGACAAGGAAUUCCAAGGCAGGUGGCGCUACUGCACGGGGCUGGAUCCUCCUCAGUGUGUCUUCCCCUUCUUCUUCAGACAAAAAGUCUUUCACAAUUGCACCAAGGAAGGCUAUAUUUUGAAUCGGAGUUGGUGUUCAUUGACAAACAAUUACAAUAAAGAUAGGAAAUGGAAGCAAUGUUCUCCUCAGAAUACUUAGAUACCUCUUGGUGUUCUUGAAGAGACAGAAGUCACACAUUCAUCAGCUUCCUCUCCAAAUAUAAUUCUAU